CUGGGGGAUGGAAGAGGGAAGGUUUCCCUGGGAGAGCAGAGAGAGGUCACUCGUGUCUGACAUGUGGAAAUGAGAGCAGCGACAAGGUCCACAGUGGACUUCUCCAGCUGGGACUCAGUCAUCACAGAGCCUUGGGGAGUGGCUGGGGCAGGCACCUCCAGUUAACCGGACACCAAGGGAAGACAGUUCUUCCUGGAGGGUGUUCCGUGACCAGCACUGGGGUUAAAAGGCAUGGGAAAUGGGACAAGCCUGUCUCUGUGGCUGUGGCUGGGAGGGUGGCGAGGCAGGAGAGGGGCAGGGGGCAGGUGUGAGAGGUGGGCAGAAGAUGGGAGCCCCUUGAGGUCAUGGGAGGCGUAGAGGAUGAGUGGGCCCUGGACAGGAUUUCCAGUACUUCCAGGAGCAACAAGACCUCUGUGAAAGUCUGAGAAAACGAGUGAGGAAAGGUCUUGUGAUCUAAGAGCUUAGUGGGGUCCCCUCUGAGUUUGCGGAGGGGCUGAGUGACGAGAGGAAAGCUGGAAGGACCUUGUUAUACAUCGGAGGGAGAGGAGUCCCUCAGCAGGUGGCAGGCACCAGGCCCGGGGGGAUGGGAAGGACAACCUGACUGAGAGCAUGGAGAUCCUGUAUCAGCCUGUGAGAACCAUCUGCCUUUUGCACCAGGAGAAUGGGAACACUGUAAGGGGAGUCGAAGGGGUUUGAAGACCAUGUUGCAGUAAGUGAGAAUUAGUGGGCUGUGGUCCCCGUAAGCCCAGGAGAAGGGUGAGAUCCUGCAGCUGGGCAGGGUAGGAGUGGUUAGGCCUGUGAAGGAUGGUAAGUGGCUGUUGGGGUGAAGCUAGGGAUGGGGCGGGAAUGUCCCCACCUAGGGGAACAUUGGCAGCCAUGGUGGAGCACAGGGACAGCGUCAUUAGGGCAGCUGUGAGCAUUGUAGCAUCCUGGUGACGGUCGGAGUAGGUGACGACUCGGUUAUGGUGUCUCAUCCAAAAAGGGAGAGGGACAGACAGGGGCAACUCAAAGCAAGUGUGGGAAGAGGUGCUGACCCCCUGGGCACCAGACUGGGGAGAAUUUAUUGUCAAUGCUCAAGGAGGCCAAGGAGGUUGGAAGGAAGGCAAGGUGGAGCAGCAGUGCUUGUAUGGAUCAAAAAUGGGAUGGACUUGCCCUCCUCUGUGAAUUACCCAGAGUUUGCCUCUGAGAUGUCCUGGGGCCUCCAGAGUCCCUGGGCAGCUUCCGUCCUCAGCAGCUAAGCUAACAAGGUCUGGGAAGGAGCCAGGGUUAACAUAAGUUAGAACUAUUUUGAGCUGUGACAGUCAUGUUUGAAGAAGGAAGCAUUAGUAGCAAGGCUAAUAAUCAAGAGAUCUAGGUCAUUGUUUACAAUUGUUUUUUGGUACCAGUGAUUGGACUCAUGGCCUUGUGUCUGCCAGGCAGGCACUUAUGCCAUUGAGCUAUAUUCCUGCUGUUUUUUAAUUUUUUGAGAGACAGUGAGAAAGUAUCAAAAAGCCAACUGGAAAUAGUUGGCGCACUUUUUACCUUGUGAAGGAGAUUUUCUCUAGAGAUAUCAUCCUUUUUCUGUUUUUCAAACACCUCUACAGGUAGAAGGAAGCAAAUAAAUGGUUCAAAGGAAUUCUGCUCUGGUGGAGAAACCUCCAGGACAUCUGUGUUAUCUGUCUAAUCAUCCAGGAACUCAUUUAGCAGCAUGACAAGGCUGUGUUUUGUUUAAAGUACAAUCCAAAAUUUCUAUGUCUCUGACGCUCACAGGUUAAACUUAUACUUGUUACCUAGCAAGCAUGGUUAAAAGCACAUUGCUAUGGUUUGUGUCUGGAUGCCCCCAAAGCCCCAGGUGGUCAUGGGACAGGCUUUUUGGAGGCAGCUGAACCUAGAAUUUGUGAUUGGCUCAUCAUGUAGUGCUGGGAUUGAAGAGGUGAGUGCCACACCUGCCCUUGGCCUGCAAGCAGUAUAAGGGAGGAAAAGAGGCUGCUCUCCUUCUUGUUCUUGCUGCUUCUGCUGCCUCAGAUGCCAUGAACUGUUGCCCCUCUUCCAUGCCAACCUGCCUUGGAGCCAGGUGAUUAUGACCUGAAACCUCCACAAACAGUGAGCUAAAUACACCUUUCCUCCUUUAACUUUGGAUGUCAGGUAUUUUAUCUCAGCAAUGAGAGAAAAAUAAGACACACAUCCAUCAUGCAAAGAAGAGAAAGGCUGAAAUGACAGAAGGGGUCCUAUAUUUAUUAAUAUGUAUUUUUUUUGUGGUGCCAGGGAUUGAACUCACAAUCUCAAGCUUGCCAGGCAGGGGCUUAUGCCCAGCCUCCGUAUGUAUAUUUUCUAAAUAUAGACUAGAUUUAGGGGCCAGGGAUAUAGCUCAGGGGCACAGCAGCUGCCUGGAAAAUGCAAGGUCCUGAGUUCAAUUCCUAUUACCAAAAAAUAAAAAGGUAUUAAAAGUUUAAUUGAUAUUGGAGGGGUAAGCAGCCUCUCUGAGAGUCACUGUGCGGACACUGGAAUACAGCAUUGUGAGGAAGACAAGAAGGAAGGAAGUGGGUCCCCUGGAAUCCAGGAAGAGUCUGAAGGAUGAAUUGAAGCCCAUGGAGAGAGUGAAGAAACUCCAACAAAGAGGGUUGGUAGCAGGUGACACCUUCUCCCUAAGAGGAGUAGUUCAAGCCUGCAGAGCCAAGGUAACAGUCACAGCCAGUGACCCCAGCAGCCUCUGAAGAGACACACAGCAGUGGAGGGGAGCAGCAGAGCUGAGGGACUGCACUGGCUAGUGGUGAGUGCAGAGGACUUAGUUCCCCUGAGGGAAAAAGCAAUUAGCUAGGAGCCAUUCUGGAGAUGAGUCAGCUGAACUUGGAACCCAGAACUGCAGCCGGCUCCAUCUAGCAGAUCCAGGCUGGGCUCAGGCCCCUGGAAAUUGCUUGGAAGGUGGAGAGCCCAGUGUUCUGGUCUCAGGGUUGCCUGCUGAGAUUAUUCACUACCCUGCCAAAAAACUGCUGCUGGCCUGCUGGGAGAGAUUGGCACAGGUCAGGACUCUGGCUCCAUAGCUGUCUACUAGUGAGUCAGGAGAGUGGACUUUUUUUCUUUACUUUUCACUUGUUUUCUCUUUCUCCUUCAUUUUUAUAGAGUGUGGAAGUGGUUCCUAACCUCUCUGUGGGUGUGGUUCUGUUCUGCUCUGUUCCGUUUCUGUCUUCCAUUUCUCUUUUCCUUCAGGCUUCUGCACCAGUUUCCCAAAGCUGGUGCAAUCCCCCUUUGUCCUCUGACCUCGCUUCUAACGUCUUCCUCUUCUUCCACAUCUCCUUGAUCUAUUUUAAAUUCUAACAUUUGAGGGCAAAAUUGACUUGUAUACUGUGUAUAAUUUUCUGGUUUGUUUUAGAUUUUGUUGUAUAAUCACAAACCUAGUUCAUAUGGUUGAAAGUGGCAAAUUAAGGGUCAGCUCAGUUUGUCAUUCACUAGGCUGUGUUUGAUGCUAUCAGUACUGCUACAGGCAAAAGUCACAUAAUUGUGCUAAGGAGCUGCUGGUUCCGGUGUUCCAUGACCAAGACUGACUAAGGGUCACAGAAAAUACCGUGGCAUAGUGCCAGAGAACCAGGGACCGGACCAAACAACUCCUCAUCUCUAACUGAGGAGGUGAGAUCUUCCAACAGACUCAGCCCAAAAAACAGCUACACCUGGAAGGUACCUCAGAGAAGAAGUCAUCACUUAAGGGUCCUAAAUACUAGCAAUAAAAGUAAACCACCAAAGGCAUUUUACAAACAUUACUACAGGAAUUAAACUAAAAACAAGAAAGGAAAAAUGAAAAGACACAAGUCAUCAAGCAGUGUAGCUGGAUACAAAGUUAACACUUGAAAAUCAAUAGCCGCCUUAUACACGAAUAAUAAAUUCACUGAGAGAAAUCAGGGAAACAACCUUUCACAACAGCAUCAAAAAAAAAAAAAAAAGAAAAAAGAAAAAAAAAAAAGAAAGAAAAAGAAAAGAAAUACCUAGGAAUCAAUCUAAUGAAGGAUGCAAAAGACCUCUACUACUAUAGUACACUGAAAAAGGAGACUGAAGAGGAUAUUAGAAAAUGGAGAUAGGGGGCUGGGGAUUUAGCUCAGUGGCAUAAGCACCUGCCUUGCAAGCAGGCGGUCAUGAGUUUGAUCCCUGGUACCAAUAAAAAUGAAAAAGACCAAAAAAAAAAAAAAAAAAAAAAAAAAAAGAAAAUGGAGAUAGGCUGUGCUCUUGAGUAGGAAGAACCAAUAUAGAGAAAAUGGCCAUACUUCCAAAAGUGUUACACAGAUUCAAUGCAAUCCUAAUCAAAAUUCUAAUAGCACGUAUCACAGAAUUAGAGAAAACAAUCCUAAAAUUCAUCUGGAAUCAGAAGAGAUCUAGAAUAGCAAAGGUGAUCCUGGGCAACAAAGACAAGACAGGGGGCAUCACAAUCCCUGACUCGAAAUGUAUAAUUGUACAUGUAUAAAAUGUAUACAGCUCCUGUGAUAAAAAGUUAGGUAGUAGUAAAAACAAAAAACCAGACCUAAAGAUCAAUGGGACAGAUUAGUAGAUGUAAAAAUGACUCCAGAUACACUAAGCCACCUUAUCUUUUUUUUUUUUUGUCUUUUUCAUUUUUAUCAGUACCAGGGAUCGAACUCACGACCGCCUGCUUGCAAGGCAGGUGCUUAUGCCACUGAGCUAAAUCCCCAGCCCCAAGCCACCUUAUCUUUGACAAAGGUGCCAAACACAUUCACUGGAAGAAAGACAGCCUCUUUAAUAAAUAGUGCUGGAAAAACUGGCUCUUCAUAUGUCGAAGAUUAAAACUGGACCCAUGUCUUUCACCAUGCACUAAGCUAAAAUUAUUAGCUUAAUUAAUAUUAAGAUUAAAGAUCUUAAUAUUAAAACAGAAACAAAUCUGCUGGAAGGCAGAGUAGGUAAAACUCUUGAAGACAUUGGUAUAGGCAAAGGCUUUAUGAACAAAACCCUGAUUGCAUAGGAACUAUCACAAAGAAUCAACAACUGGGAUCGCAUCCUACUGAAAAGCUUUUAAUCAGCAAGAGAAAACACCAACAGAGUGAAGAGACAACCCACAAUGUGGGAGAAAAUGUUUGUAGCUGCUCCUCAGACAAAGGAUUGCUUUCAAGAACAUAUAAAGAAUUGAAAAAACUCAGAUCCUCAAAUUCAAAGACCUAGUACAAAAAUGGGCCACUGGGAUAAAUACAUGCUUCUCAGGUGAAGAAAUACAAACAGCAAAUAAAUAUGUGAAAAAAUGUUCAACACAGCUGAUCAUUUCAGAGAUGCAAAUUAAAACAACACCGAGAUCCCACCUCAUCCCAGAAAGAAUGGCUGUUAUCAAGAAAUCAACCAGUAACAAAUGCUGGAGGGGCUGUAGGGAAAAAGGACACCUUCUUCACUGUGGGGAGUGUAGACUGGUACAACCACUGUGGAAAUCAGUGUGGAAAUUCCUCAAAAAACUAGAAUUGGAGGUCCCAUUUGACCCAGCUCUUCUCCUUCUAGGUAUCUUCCCGGAAGAAUUAAAACAUCAUACCACAGUGACAUAUGUGCACCCAUGUUUGUAGCAGCAGAGUUUGUAAUAGCCAGAUCCUAGAAACAACCUAAAAGCCCAUCAACUGAGAAAUGGAUAAAGAAGAUGUGGUAUUUUUAUACAAUAGAGUAUUACUCAGCCAUAAAUAAGGGUAAAACUGGAGACUUUUAUAGGUAAAUGGAUGUAACUUGAGACUGUACUCAGAAGUGAAAUAAAUCAGACACACGUGUGAACAUCAUAUUGUCUCACUAGUGUGUGACACUGAAACAACAUAUGUAUAUGUGUAUGUAUACAUAUGUGUAUGUGUAUGCAUAUAAAAAAGAUAAGACAGUUAUACUACUGAUUUUGCUGCAUUCACUAAAAAGGAUUUGUGCUGGAUUGUUUGGAAAAAAAAUUCACAUUAUGGAAAAAGCUGCUUUUCAUAGAGAGCUGCUGCAAAGCAUAAAAAUCAGCUCAGCUGGGGAAAACCCAGUUCCUGUUAUAUUGGGGGUUAAAGAGGGGUGGCCUCUGGAGAGAAGGCUACUGGGUUAAAAUUCCACCCAAGAGGAAGAGGGACCUCACUUUUCUCAUCUUUGGAAGGAGCCUGCUCCUCCUCUUCCAGCUUUCAGGGAUGAGUGACAGGGAAUCAUGCUGAAUUUCCUGUAAAAGUUUGGCUGGUAGCACGAACAUUUCAGAAACUUCUAUACCUGAUCCAAGGAUCCAGGGGUCCCCUCUACUGCCCGAGGAUGCUGCUACUGGAGGGGAAACAGAGCCAGGAGGGCGUUUGAAGUGAGGUGGAAGGAGGGGAAUCCCAAGGCAGGAUGGAACAACCCCCAGAGCCCCCUGGAAGGAAAAGUGUAGCUCACAGGACCCCCGCUAACAGAGUGUUUUCCAAAAUUGAAGACACACGGGACACCAGGCCCCAGAUGACUCCAGGUUCGGGGCUGUCCUCUGGGUCUUGUCCAGUUCUCUGUUCAGGACUCCAGGUUAAGGAACGGUGCCCCGGGCCAAAUCCAAUCCCUGCCCUGCCAGCUGCAUCCCCGUCCCCUGAGCUGAGUGUGCUGUUUGAUUUGGGCCAAGAGGACACAGGCUGAUGUGACUAUACAAAGUCCAGGUCCCACCCCUAACCCUCCUCCUACACUCAGCUGACCCAAGCCUCUAGCCAUACCAUCCCCCAUUGACCGUGUCCCUGACCCUGCUUCCUCCUGCCAGGCAGCCAGAAACUGGGACCCUGCGAGGUGGAGUAUCCUGUGCCUGGUCCCGGCAGAGCCAAGCACCUCUGCCUUCUGUGCCGCAGUUGGAAGCCACCCAGCUUUAGCUAUGGCUCUGCUCACGAUUUUGCCCCUGUGGAGUAUUCUGCUGACAGCGCUGGAUGAAGGUGGGGCCUGGAGUGACAGAAACACCCAUGGGGGAUGUGAUCAGGGCCUGGCACCCUUGUGCCCAUCAACUGUGCACCCUGCCUGGCCCCACACACACUUAGGUCCUGGCCAGCUCUUUGCAGACCUGAGCCCAGAGGAGCUAGAGGCCAUGAUGGGCUUGAUGCCAAGACUGGGCCCAGGCCUAGUGGAUGCAGCCCAGGCGCAGCCCUCAGACACCUGCAUCUACUCAGUGGAGCUGCAGCUGCCCCCCAAGGUGGCAGCCCUGGCUCUGGAGGGACGGGGUCCCCCUCCCACCCUCGAGGCGCUGGCCAUCCUGUUCUUCGGGGCCCAAACCCAGCCCAACGUGAGCAAGCUGCUGGUGGGGCCUGCUACCUGGCUGUCCUACCUGCGGGAUGUCACCAUGCAGUGCUAUGGCAGCCCCCUGCCCUACCACCAGUGCUCUGUGCUGACCAGAGAGUACCAGGACAUCAACCACAUGAUCUUCAAGCAAGAGCUGCCCAAGGUCGCAGGGCUUCUCUACCACUGCUGCUCCUAUACACCCCAGGGAGGCCGCUUGGUGACAGUGACCACGGCACCCCGUGGCCUGCAGUCAGGAGACCGGGCCACCUGGUUUGGUCUCUACUACAACAUCUCAGGCACUGGCAUCUUCCUGCACCCCGUGGGGCUGGAGCUUCUGGUAGACCAUGGGGCUCUGGACCCAGCCCGCUGGACUGUCCAGAAGGUAUUCUUCCAGGGCCACUACUAUGACAGCCUGGCCCAGCUGGAGGACAAAUUUGUGGCUGGCCAGGUGAAGCCGGUGCAGGUCCCUGACAAAGGCACAGGUGGGGCCUGGUCCCUGAAGUCGCCGGUGCCCCCGGGCCCAGCUCCCCCUCUGCAGUUCCACCCUGAGGGCCCCCGCUUCAGCGUUCAGGGCAGUUGUGUGACUUCCUCUCUGUGGACUUUCUCCCUUGGCCUAGGAACCUUCAGUGGCCCGAGGGUCUUUGACAUUCACUUUCAGGGUGAGAGGGUAGCCUAUGAGGUCAGUGUCCAGGAGGCCCUGGCCGUCUAUGGGGGAAAUUCCCCUGCUGCUUUACGUGGCCAGUCCCUAGACAGUGGCUUUGGCUUGGGUCACUUCUCCACACCCCUGACCCGCGGAGUGGACUGCCCCUACUUGGCCAUCUAUGUGGACUGGCACUUCCUGGUGGAGUCGCAGGGUCCAAGGACUGUCCGUGAUGUGUAUUUGAACGGAACCAGGGCCUGCCUGCGGCGACACCACUCUGAUCUGUACUCCCAUUAUUAUGGGGGUGUCGUGGACACGGUUCUGGUAUUCCGGUCCCUGGCCACCUUGCUCAACUAUGACUAUGUGUGGGACAUGAUCUUCCACCCCAAUGGGGCCAUCGAGGUCAAGGUCCACGCCACGGGCUACAUCAGCUCCUUCCUCUUCAGGGCUGCCCGGUUGUAUGGGAACCGAGUUGAGGAGCACACGUUGGGAACAGUCCACACCCACAGCGUCCACAUCGAGGUGGACCUGGAUGUAGCAGGUACCAGGUGGCUGUGACCCAGUGGGAGGAGGAGGAGCCCAGCAGCUCCAGCAUCUACAACUUGAAUGACCCCUGGAUACCAGCUGUGGACUUCAGUGACUUCAUCAACAAUGAGACCAUCACGGGGCACCUGGCUCUCCCCACCACAUCCUUGAGGGACCUUUAGAGCCCAUGAAGAAAAGUGGGGUGGGCAGGGCUUGCUAAGCAGACUAGACUAGUCUUGAUUCUCCUGUCUCAGCCUCCCAAGUUCUGGGAUUACCUGUAUGGGCCAUCACUCCUGGUUUGGAAAAAUACUUUAUGAUUUCCUUUUUCCUGAGAAAUUGAGUGCUUCAUCCAGCACAGGAAAGCUGUCCCCAAAGGCCACUGUGGGAGGCAGGCGUGCCCCUGAAGCAAAGCCAGGCUUUAGGGUCGCCUUUCCUGUCCCCUGCCAGGAUCUGGUGGCCUGGAUGAUGGCUGAAUUUCUGCACAUCCCACACUCAGAGGACGUCCCCAACACGGUGACAGUGGGCAAUGGCGUGGGCUUCUUCCUGCAGCCUUAUAACUUCUUUGACAAGGACCCCUCCUUUCGCUCUGCAGACUCCAUGUACUUCCAGGGGGAGCAGGACGCCAGCACUUGAGAGCUGAACCCCCAGGCCUGCCUGCCCCAGGUCGCCACCUGCAGCCCCACGUUCCUGCCUUCUCCCACAGGGGCUUCUCGCACCACUAGUGGCAGCCUCCUGUGGCUGCCAGAGACUGCACUGAGCAGAAAGCCUGCAAUACACCAAGAAGGCACUGACCUGAAGUCUCAGAGAAGAACACUGCAGAGCCUGCUCGGGAGGAACCACGAAGGUAUGCAUCCCAGGAGCAGGAGACCUGCCUGAGGCCUGGCCUGCCCAGCCCUGCAGGCACCCGAGGUAGGGGACAGGAGGACUGGCCCCGCGGAGCCCGCUGUGGGACCAACUGCUGCUUCUGACUGCUGCUCAACAAGCCAGUCGCUCCCCCAGCAUCCCUCCAGUCUCCGUCACUGUCCUUGUCAUUGGGUGGAGAGGUUUCAUUGCAGCGCAGGUUUCAGAAGUUUCAGUCCUUGCGUGGUUGCAGUGCGCUUGAAGGGUCCUGCGGAGGAGAGGGGCUGAGAGCAUGGGGAACCUUAAGCAGUGAGAGAAGGGAGGAGCCGGGGAGGGAGGGGCUACGGGCCACGCCCCCAGUGGACGGUCCUUCCCACCGACCCUGCCUCCUCACAGCUAGUCAGCUGUGGACCCACAUUCACCUGCUUUCCAAGGCCUCUUCUGAGCUCAGGGUGCUAUGAGGUCAGGGAGACCCCCUUCUGGGAAGGAGACACACCGGUCACUCAGCUCCGGAUGCAGAAGAACCCAGCUAUGUCCUGCUGGUAACCGCUGGGUGUUGACACUCUGUUGUGGUCGGGUUGUGCAGAGAACAUUCAGAAUCAAGACACAGAAUUUAUGAUGUGACUUUAUGAUGGUCACCCAGAGUUAAACACAAGAAAGUGCAGGAAAUCUAUCCACAACACCAAAGACCCAGAACAUUCAGCCAAGGACUGGAUCCUACAACCGUGUCCUGCAUGAGUCCAGAUGAAGGCCUGAACCCACGACAAUGCUUCCCUCGAGUCCAACUGGAGGUCUAGAGCCCACGACAAGGAUUCACCCCAGUCUCUUUUACAGAUCUGCACUGGGAAGGCCCAAAGAUCAGCAAUGGAAGCUAGAAAGUCUAUGCCAGCAGGGUGAAGGAGCUGUGCCAGCGCGUUGAGAAUUCUAUCCUGGCGCCAAGAAGUGAUCCUCAAAAUAAGGACCAGGGCUGCCCUGAAAAGCACUACAGCCAUCCUUAGCAACACGGAGCUUCUGAGCCCCUCUGAUGAUAAGAACAGUCAAGUACGUGCAAGGAAGCCAGUGUGACAGGCUUCUUCUGGAGAGUAAAUGGCACACGUCUUCUCCUCUGGAGCCAGGAAUCGAUGCUCAGGGCUCCUGCCGGAGUACAAAUGUCCCUGUCCUCCUCUCUUCCUGUUGUCUUCCCUUGGCCCUCAGACUUCGGAGCUCCAGUGCUCUGUGGUGUGCAUGCGGGAACCACAGACCCCACCAUCCGAGGCUCCUGGCCAGACCGCUGGACCAUGUGGCCGUGUGCCUCCCACACCCACUGACGCCUCAUCAAUGCCCAAAACCCCCUCAUGGGGACGAAGAGUUGUAUUGGUCUGCCUGGAACCCAGGGCGGGGCUGACCCGGAGCUCCCUAGAGUGGCAGGCCCCUUGUCCAGGUGGCCCUGUGUCCAGUAUGGCAUGCUGCCCUUUGUGGGCCUUAAACAUGUCUUUGUUGCCAUUUAAUAAACAAUAAUUGUUACA